CCAGCCCCGACACCCAGCUUCUGUGGCCAAGUGGGUGAGGGCCAUGGGGCCCCCGCCCCUCCUGCUGCUGCUCUUGGGGGUCCUGGCCCCGGGGGAGACCUGGGCAGGUUCCCACUCCCUGAGGUAUUUCUUCACCGCGAUGUCCCGGCCCGGCCUCGGGGAGCCCCGCUUCAUCGCUGUGGGGUACGUGGACGACACGCAGUUCGUGCGGUUCGACAGCAACUCUCCGGGUCGGAGGGCAGAGCCGCGGGCGCCCUGGGCGGAGCAGGUGGGGCAGGAGGCCCUGGACGAGGAGACUCAGAUCCAAAGAGACAAUGCACAGUGGUUCAAAGCGCUCCUGAGGGACCUGCGUGGCCGCUACAAGCAGAGCAAGGACGGUUCUCACACCCUCCAGACGAUGUUCGGCUGUGAAGUGGGCCCACACCUGAGCCUCCUCCGCAGUUAUGAAAAGUUCGCCUACGAAGGUGCGGAUUUCAUCUCCCUGAGCGAGGACCUGCGCUCCUGGACCCCCGCGGACUCGGUGGCUCAGAUCACCCAGCACAAGUGGGAGGCUCAGGAGAGGGCCGAGCACGUCAGGCACAGUGUGCAGAGCAGGUGCUUCCCGUGGCUCCUCAGAUUCCUGAUUUUGGGGAAGGAGGUGCUGCAGCGCACAGAUCCCCCAAAGACACACAUGACCCACCACCCCACCUCUGAGCAUGAGGUCACCCUGAAGUGCUGGGCCCUAGGCUUCUACCCUGCCAAUAUCACCCUGACCUGGCAGCGAGAUGGGGAGGACCUGACCCAGGGCAUGGAGCUGGUGGACACCCGGCCUGGGGGGGACGGAACCUUCCAGAAGUGGGCGGCUGUGGUGGUGCCUUCUGGAGAGGAGCAGAGAUACAUGUGCCGUGUGCAGCAUGAGGGGCUGCUGGAGCCCCGAGUCCUGAUAUGGGUGCCCCCUUCUCAGUCCUCCAUCCCCACUGUGGUCAUCAUUGCUGGCCUGGUUCUCCUUGGAGUUGUGCUCAUUGCGGUGGUUGCAGCUAUGAUGCGGAGAAAGAAGCACUCAGGUGGAAAAGAAGGAAGCUACACUCAGGCUCCAGGGAUGGAGCAGUGGCCUGUGCAGCCCAGGCAGGAUACUGGCGUUCGGAAGCACCGGUGGCACAGAAAGGGAAGGAGAUUUUGGAGACAGAAUGACGUGGGAUCAAAACCCCGAUGAUUCUCGCUCAUUUGGAGAAAAGAACAAUAUCUCAAGAACGGUGUCUGCAGGGUCAUGGUACAAAGUCUGUCCAGCAGCCUGGAGUUGUGAGUGGGGCUGACUCUGCCCCACCUGCAGGGAGUGGGAACUGGAGCCCGGAAUCAGCCCUGAGGGCUCAUCCUCCAGGGCAGCACAGGCCUUGCUCUGCCCUCCUCGUAGGCCCCUGAAUCUCCCUGACACACCAGCAUUGAGGAAUUGAGGGGGGAUGUUCUAGCUCUGGAAAAGGGCCCCUUAACCCCCUGACCUCUCUCAACUCUCCUCCCCAUGAUCCUCUGUGAGCGUGUGUGUGUUUGGGAUAUACCAGCCCUGAAAGGACAGAAAAAGGCCCCAAAUGUAAAUAGUUUCCUGGUCAUGUAUGGAGCCAACCCCUCUGCAGUCCCACCAGGUGAGACAGAGACUCCCCCAGCCCCAGCCAGAGACCGUGUCACCCACACAGACUUUCCCCUCACAGUGUCCCAGAUGCUGCCCCUUUCCAGUCCUGAGUCUAGGCCCAGGAACUGGGUCAGCAAUUCUCAAACAUUUUCUGCUGCAGGAGGCCUUGUAGCCCCAGCCAGAUAAACUACUGGCAAGCAGUGAAGUCAAAGGGCCUCACACCGUGGGGCCGAAGUUAAAGGGCCUCACACCGUGGGGCCGAAGAUUCCUUGUGCCUCACACCGUGGGGCUGAAGAUCUAACAUCCCUUCACUUUUUGUUCUUGGUCAUAAAAGGAGAAAAAUUUCCCAAAAGGUACAUCAGGCACUACAUUAUAUACAUCAAUAUACAGUAAAUAAACGGCACGGAAAAUUAUCUCUUAAAAACUAAUUAUUAAACAAUUUGGCCCACUUGACAAUGGGAGAUGGUUUAUUAAACAUGCCUGACAAGCAUUACAAUACAACUAUUAUUGUAAGUUCUUUUUUGCCUUCCCUUGCAGUUUCUUGGGAAAGUUUUUAAAUGAAACUAUUUGAGUUAAGAAGUUUCUAGGUAGAGAAAGUUCUGAUAGCUGAGUAGCAGCCGGCCCCUGGUGUGAAGGCCAUGAGAAUAAGAAAAGUUCUUUCUUUGCUUAAGCUUUAGCUGAUGGGAAUGUUCUGGUGACUAUCAAUUGUGUUAGGUUAUUGCUUAGCUGAAACAAUGAAUUUUAGUGUAAGACUUAGUUUUUUAUUGCCUUCUUGCUGAGAGCACAAAAAAGAGAUGCGCUAAUUGUUUCUGCUUUGUUUCUAUGAACUUGAUAAUGUAAUCUCAAUGCUUGCAAAAAACGUAUAAAUAAAGAACCUGCUGAGCCUUUCGGCAGAAGAUACUAACACCUCACAAAGUGUCCAUGUCUCCUCAUUCCCUUCCCCCCAGUCCCUAAGUUUCAGAUCAUUCGUAUUGCCGACCUGCCGUCUCAUCCUUUCAGGAACCUUGACAUUUUGCCGGAGGCUGGUCCCCGGCAAUUUUCCUUUCAGGAUGUCUGUACACUCUCACAAAUUAUUAAGGAUCCCAUGUAUAAUUUUGUUAUGUGGGUUAUAGCUUUAAAUAUUUACUUUACUGAAAUAAAACCUUUUUAAAAGAUGUUAUUACUUCUUGACUUUAGAAUGAUAAUAACAAUGUGUGCUAACAAAGCAUUUUUAAGAAAAUAACUUUCUGUAAAUAUAAGGAUAAUUAAAAGAGGGAAACUUUUACAUUUUAUGUUUUUUUUUAAAGAUUUAUUUAUUUUUACACAAGAACCUGGGUACAGGCCAGAAACGCGGGAGGGUGAGAGGAUUCACCGGAGACAGAGCCAGGGAACAGAACAGGCAGAUUGCCGAGGACCAGCCUGAGCAAAAUGUCGUGUCAGGGGUUCCUGAAAGGAUGAGACAGCCUAGGCGACACGUUAAGGGCUGAAGGGAAGGGAGUGAGGCAGAUAUGCACUCUUCUUUUUGGUGCAAGUAUCUCCUGCUGAGGGGCUCAGCAAGUCUUUCAUUUUUUGCAAGCAGAAAAAUUAUGUCAUCAUGUAUAAAACAGAGACAAUCAGAGUAUUCCAUUCCCAUGGACUACUGGCUCCUGCGGAUCUUGGCUAGACGGUAACCUUCAAGGUUAAUACAUAAAAAACUAAGCCUUACACUAAAACUCAUUAUUUCAGCUAGACAAUUACUUAAGACAGUGGAUAGCCGCCAGUAGCAUCAAAAGACUCUCCUAGGCAUAUGGCCUUCAGCCGGAGACCAGCUGCUUCUCAACUAUCAGAACUUUUCCUACCUAGAAACUCCUUAACGCAGUUAACUUCAUUUAAAAACUUUCCUAGGAAACUUCUUUUAAAAAAAUGAAACUUCUAAAAAAGCAAAAGAAGGACUUACUAUAAUUGUUGUCCUGGAUUGCUUGUCAGGCAUGUUCAUGUAUAACAAACACUUUCCCAUUGUCAGGCAGGCCACAUUUACAGUGUUUAAUUUUUUAGAAGGUAAUUCUCCAUGCCAUGUGCUUAUAAUAUUCUUAUACAUAUACUUUAUUGCCCAAUGUAUUUUCUGAGAAUUUUUUUCUUAUAUGACCAAGAACAAAAUACAAAGGGAUGUUUAAUCUUCAG